CGUGAGCUCAGGAAAGCAUUUCGAAGGAUUAAAAUGAGCUUUUGUCUGUCGUCUAUCACAAGAAAAAUACCCAAACGUUGUUUUCACAUAAGUUGAUCGCGUCACGUUGACAGAAGAGUCCUGCUGCUUUGACCAGAGCUUUGAUUCACUGGAACUCUGACACACGCAGCAGCAAAAAAAAAGAAAAAAUAAACAUUGCACCCUGGAAAACUGUCAGGAGACACAGACUCCACCAGAAUAAAGACGAGUGAAUCACUCCUUCUCACCGCCAAUCAGGGUUUGCAGCAUCUGCAGCGGAGUGACAGUGUCUUGAUGUUUUGCUCUUUGUGUCCGUGCCGGCAGUGAAAGAUCAUGACGACGCUGCUGGACCUGAAGAGUAGCGUGCUGAGGCAGGUGCAGAGGAGCCAGUCGCUGAGGAGCCGACGGGAGCCGCCGCCCACCGCCAGCAGCCCCCUCACACACUGCCCUGACCCCAUACCUCGCAGGAUUUCUGAGGAGAGCGUGGCGUUCUUUGAGCGUAUGAAUGCCAUCCUGCAGAAACAAGAGAACAUGCUGCGGGCUGCCCAGGCUGAGUGCCAAAGAGGAGCCUGCACAGUGCCACCUCCCCAAGAGCAUGUGGACCAGGCCUUUAUCCCUGACAGGAUCAGCAGGACAGAGCUGGACCUGCUUUAUGAGGAAGCUGUGUACACGGUGGUCAACCGAGUGGGAGUGCCUUCACCAGAACAAGUGAAAAGUGAUGAAGAGCUGUUUGCUUACCUUCUUAAGGUGUUUGAUAUGGGCGAGGAGGAACAGGACAUCAUUCUCCAAAAAGUCCAAGAAUCCAAGCGUGCCAGUUUCUCUUUGAGAGUUUCUGUUAUGAAAGCAAAGAACCUGAUGGCCAAGGACGCAAACGGGUACAGCGACCCCUACUGCAUGCUGGGAAUCCUGGUGGGCCAGAGCCCGCGGGAGACGGAGGAGAAAAAGGAGAGAAAGUUCAGCUUCAGGAAGAGGAAGGAGAAGCUGGAGAAACGCUCCAGCACCAAGGAGGUAUUACCUGCCAAGUGUAUCCAGGUGACUGAGGUUAAACCGGAGACUCUUAACCCGGUCUGGGACGAGCACUUUGUCUUUGAAAUAGAUGAUGUCCACAAUGACCUGUUACAUCUGGAUAUAUGGGAUCAUGAUGAUGAUGUGUCUGUUGCUGAGGCCUGCAAAAAACUCAAUGAAGUCAGUGGACUUCGAGGAAUGGGCAGGUAUUUUAAGCAGAUAGCAAAGUCAGUGCGUUCCAACGGAUCUGCAUCAUCAGGCUCUGAGGAGAAUGCCGACGACUUCCUCGGAUGUAUCAACAUCCCGUUGAAUGAGAUCCCUGUUGUUGGCUAUGACACCUGGUUUAAGCUGGAGCCUCGAUCAAGUGCGUCUAAAGUUCAGGGAGAAUGUCACCUGAUACUGAGGCUCUUCACCAGCCAGAGAGACACAACUUUGUCUAAGAAAGACUCAAAUGUGUCCAUUCACAAGAAACUGCUGUGUCAAAUUGUGGCGUAUGAGCAUGCUCAUGUUAAGAGAGAGCCAUACAACUGGAACGGGCAGGUUAGUCCUUCAGCGUGGACUGUACUGACUCACCAUGCUGUGCAAACUGAUCUCUCACCUCUCCAACAGGCCAUUAUUCGCUGGCAGUGCUACAGCAGCCACCAUCGAACCCAGAGGGUGUGCUACUCCCUGCUGCUUCGCCUCCUGAGGACCAUCGAUGCAGAGUGGGACCCUCCCACUGUGAGAGGAGACCUGGAGAGGCAGUUGUCAGACAGCUUCAGGCUGUACACAGAGCACUGCCUGUGCCUGAUGAAGAACAUGCGUCAGGUUUUCCCCAGCACCAGCGCCGCUGCCAUUACACGCUACGAGCUCAUGCUGAGGGGGAUUGGCUACAUGCAAAACAUGCGGGCGUUUAAGACUGUAUGUCCUCUUCGAAAUGAACUGCAUUUGGAUAUCACCACUGCUGUCAAGAAAGGAUCAGCAGAGUGGUACGAGAGCUUAAUUGCACGAUAUAAACCAGAGGAAGGGACUCUGGAGGAGCAGCUAAAGAGGCUGGUUCAUGUCGUUGAUGCUGUGUGUGCAGACGUACAGAGAGCCCAGAACAUCUACAACAAACUCUUCUACAGUGCAGUGAAAGUAGAUUUCUUCAGCAUAGCAUACAGGCAGCUGGAGAAACAGGUAGCUGAUGAUGUAAAUGUAGCGAUGGAGCGAGUGUGUGGGACUCUGGAGCAGGAGAGCUCCAGACUGACUCAGGCGAUGGGAGAGACCAUCUUUGAGCUCUUCAUGUCCUUGAAAAUCCUCAAGGGCUUCCGGGAGUUUCUUCCUCUCAAGGAUGCUAAGAUGUUGGCCUUGACCGGCUUUCAUAACUGGUUCAAGUCCUCCAUUCAUAAGUGGCUGCAGAUUGUUCAUGACAGAUCCUGUGACAGGAUUCGUAAAGCAGUGGAAACAGACAAGAUGGAGCCUGUGCAGCAGGCCAAACACAGCUCCUCAGCAGUGGAAGUGACAACAUGCUUCAGCCAGGUGCGGGAGAUCUGGCUCCAGCUGGCCUGGCCAGACUCUGCGGGGGCCUUCAUCUUUAUCACUCGUUUGACAGACAAUUUCUGCAGUGAGGCUGUGUGCUACUCAGAGAUGAUAACACGCAAGAUUGAGAGGAACCAGCUGGGCCGAGACCACAAGAGCUUCACAGUGCAGCUCUGCAUUGCCCUGAACAACAUGGAGCAUGUACGUGUUUUCCUGGGUCACCUGCCUCGUGACCUGGACUGGUCGGGUGUGGAGCGUGCCAUGGAGGAGUCCUGCGGGGUGGAGGGGAAGGAACAGGUUUACAAGGCUCUCAAUGGGCAGCUCUUCAACAUGGACCUGGACCUGCAGAGGGAAGCCAAGCGUCUCAUCACGCUGCUCACUGACAAGAUGCUGCCUGAGCUGCGGAGGUACAUCCAGCACAUCAGCCUGUCUCCAGACUCCAUCAACAAUGACGACGCUGUGUCCCCUCUUAUGAAGUACUUACAAGACACUAUGGUGAUCCUCACUGAAAACCUUGUAAAGGAGAAUCUGACCAGAGUUCUCCAAAGCAUGUGGGAGCUGCUCCUGCGGAUGAUCCUGGACACUGUAACAGAAAACAGGGGUGUUCAGGUGGAGUUUUAUAACCGCUUCCAGUACACUGUGGAGACUCUGUUGCAAUUCUUCCACUUCAAAGGAGACGGUCUUUCCCUGGAAGAUAUGAAGAGUGGAGACUACAAGGUCCUGGACGAGGAGCUCAAGCUGAAUAAAUGUUCCUCCUUUGAGCUGAUUGAACAGUACUAUCUGGAGAAGAUUUCCCAACAGAAAACACUCAAACAUACCCGUUAUGGUCGGAUCAGUGUGAAGUGCUACUAUGACGCUCCAGAGCAGAGACUGACGGUGGAGAUUCUGCACGCUGCAGAUAUCAUCGCACUGGAUGCCAAUGGUUUGAGUGACCCAUUUGUCAUAGUGGAGCUGUGUCCUCACCACCUCUUUCCUAUGGCCAAGAGUCAACGCACACAAGUGAAACUGAAGACGCUGCAUCCAGUAUUCGACGAGCUCUUUUACUUCCAUGUGAGUCCUGAACAUUACAGACACAGAUUUGCCUGUUUGACCUUCACUGUGAUGGACUAUGACUGGCUUUCCACCAACGACUUCGCCGGUGAAGCCGUGGCUCCUCUCAGUGACUUCUGCUGGCCAGGGAGACCAAACGCCUCGGCAGCUGGCAAGAGUGUCCAGCCAGUCAUUCUCCACCUGUCUCGCAGUAAACCCAGUGAGAAGCCAAUCAUGAGGAUGCUGGACGCUCGUGUCGGAGACAGGGAGGCUCAGGAGUUUGUCCGCAGGCUGAAGGAGAUUGAGAAGUCAAUGGAGGAAGAGUAAAAGCUAUCAGCGCUGCCUGUAUUGGUGUUUCCUGACCACGUCUUACGAUAUGUGCUUUUGUACUGGUACGAUGUUUACAAUAUUUUAUUUUGAUUUUUACAAUAUUGGAUGUUAUUGUUUGUUCAGUAAUUAUACCAAAAUGAAAAAGAAAAAAAGAGGAAAACAAUGAAGCUUAUCAUUGUUUUCUAACUGGGAGAUGAACAUCCUGUCACUGUGCAACCCUAUGCUGUCUCAGUUAAACACUAUUUUAGAAAUUAAUGGAUAGUUGAUCCUAAAUGUUACUAGUCUAUAUUUUUUGUAAUGAGGUUAUUGUUAUCUUUGUUGUAUGAUCUUUGAUAUGAUAGAUUUAACAUGUCAGAACUAUUUUGUGGACGUAGCUUACAUAUCCAAUAGUAUUCCGUCAGAGUCUAAAUCUAUACCUCAGAUAUGCUCAUUAGUUGCAGGGGAGUUGAACAGGUAUUGAGACUUUUCACAUUACUAACAGACAUUGUGGAUAUAAAUUGUGUGAAAGCUAAUUUAGAAUGUGACAGCUUGAACCCACAGAUCAUAUAGUGGCUUACCAACAAACAGAUAUGAAGGAAAUGAUAUGAAGGAAAUCAUGAAGACACAACACAUAGCUUUGGGGAAUACACUUUGUGAAAUCUGAUAUUUUAAGGCCAGUCAGACAGAUCAGGAGCAGAGAGGCCUAACGCUCCCCUGAGGCACACGCCGCAGCUCGGGUUCAUUCGACUUUUCAGAUUGCUCUUCGCAAAGCUCGUGAUGGGUCAUUGAAGAGGUCAAAGACAGUGCUACCUUACUGGUGAGAAGACCAAUUCUUUUAACUCAGUUCCUUCUUGCUGAUUGACUGCAGUGAGUCAACAUCACUGCAGAAAUUUAUAUGACCAUUUUUUUCCAGAAACACAGCACAAACUUAAAGUUGUACAAACUCAGCACAUCGACAGAAACAAAUUCAUCUUUGAUAUGUAAAAGUGGAAAAUCAGUUUAACAGGUUCUUUUAUAGAACAAAUAGCCCGGUGAGGAAAUAACACACAUUUGUGUUGCUUUAAUUCAGCCUGAAUUGAUGCUGUAGACUCAACAUACUUUUUAUUUCACUGUAAAAAUUUAUACCAUGAUUACCAACAUAGUCAGAUAAAUACUGUCUUCAUUUUGUGAGUUCAACAUUCAUGUUCAGGCUUGUUGAAACGAGAGCACAGAGCAGCUGAAGAAGUUGAACAGACAAAUGUAUUUGUUGAUUUAGUUCAAACUGAUGCUUGACUUGUGAAGUGACUUAUCACUUUGUAGCUUGUUUCUCCUCAUUGGGGAGCAGUUGCUAUAUUUAGAACAACUCAUACUUUCAUGGUUGUGGGGAUACACCAGGAGACCCUGAUGCCUGAUAAUUGAAAGGAAGGAAAUUCACCAUGAUUCCCCUAAAGAUAACACAGUGUGAGGCAUAGUGAGUAGCCUUAUGUCCACAUGGUAGAGCUUCAAAAAAUUCUAUUAAGAGAAACCUACCUAAUUGCAGCUAAUGAGCUCAUGUAGCGUUCAGAAAGUUCUGGAAACAGCCAUCAAACAUGGCAAAGCCUUUCUUAUCCCAGCAUCAAAUCAAUUCAAGCUCAUCGCAGGUGUUCUACAAGGACCAAAAUUUGAGUUUGAGUCUCGGUGUGAGGCUUAAUCUCUUGAGGUAACGAAAGAAGAAAAGCAUAAUGAACCUGUGCAGUGGCAUAAUUAUACUUCAGGUGCGAGGCAAGCCCUGCAUGCCUGCUGCUCGAUGGCCUACCAGGCAUGAUUCUCAUUCUCGCCAGGACUCUAAAGUUAUGUGUGUGACUGAUAGGUUAGGAUUUUAAUGUUUUCUUCCAGAAAAGAUACAACUAUUAUCUUGUAAAGAACAACACAUUUUUAUGCAAUUGACACUUCACUAAACAACUCAGAAAGCACGAAUUCUGGAAGUAGCCUAGAUUUUACUCUCAUAGUAGCGGUGACCUAGCAAGCUAAUAUUAACAUAGCAAGUCCAAGGGGUGGAUUUGAUUUAACCAGGAGUAAGCUUAAAUCUAGGAUAGUUAAAGUGACUUUCUAAAAUGUCUUUAAUUUUACUUAUUGACUAUGAAGUCCCGGACUAACUAGAUUAAUUUCAUUCACCUGUAUUAGUCCUCUAGUGAGAGUACACACAGUUCUUACUAGCAAGGUUAAUAUCAAUAACCUGUGUUAGUUUUCCUUAGUACUGGACUGAUGGUGAUCAUAAAAACUGAAUCUAGUCACAAAAAUCUCACAAUUUAGUGGAACCAAAAGCAUCAAAACAAACAAAUCAAUGGACAAAUCUGACCUCCCAACCUGGUGGUUUAAUUUAAAGGUGCCCUGUGGAGUUUGUGUUGUAAACAAACAAAAAGUACAUUUUCAUUGAGUGUUAGGCUGUAUUCAGACCAAAUCAGGUGGUGCAGAGAAAACGCCAGCUCUCCCAUUUGAAUUGGGGUAGUGCGUUUCAGCUUUUGGCUGCUGCGGUGCCCCACCAGACUGAGCCGGAGUCAACCUUUGGAGAAAUGCAACCCGACAUCAAUCAUAGCCAGAGAUCAGUCUGAUCAGAGCUGUAAAUUCUGCCAUGAGGGAAUUCAAAGACGUUACUAG